GAUGCUGUUCGCACUUGUCGAGAAUUGCGGAUACGUUACCUUUGGGUUGAUGCUUUAUGCAUUCUUCAAGAUGAUCCUAUCGAUUGUGCUCAAAUUAUCUCCUCUAUGCCACAGAUAUAUAGCCAGGCUUGUAUAACUAUUUUGGCAUCGCGAGCAUGGGGAAGCCAUAUUGGGUUCCUAGGAGAAAGAGAUUUAGGCGAUUUACUUCUCCGGCCUGAUGAAAUCUUUAAAAUCGGCUACAUUUACCCUAAUGGUGAACUUGAAUCUAUUAUUCUCUACGGCUUAGUCUUGAACAUAAGACCAGAACCAAUAGAAGAGAGGGGUUGGACGCUCCAGGAAAAGUUGCUUUCUCCUCGGAUUUUACGAUACGGACCACAGGCUUUAUUAUGGGUUUGUAAGUCUUCGUACCCACGCAGCCAAUAUAUGGACGGAGGUAAAGUGAACUCGGGCCGGACAAUCGAUAGCGUACCAAAAGAAUUGAAAGAGUGGUAUGAGCUAGUGAAUGAAUACAGUAGACGAAAAGUUGCCGUGCCUGGGGAUAGACUUGUCGCUGUUGCAGCAAUCGCCGAGGAGACAGGAAAGAUCCUUAGAGAUCGUUACCUAGCCGGUAUAUGGUGGGGCUCAAUGCCUGAAGGACUACUCUGGAGGGGUCCGUCUGGGUCUGGCGAAACGGCAAUUGUAUGUAUAGCACCAACGUGGUCAUGGGCUUUAGCUGAUUGUGUUUCUUGUUCGACCAAUCAUGACACCGGGGGGGAUUUCCAAGUUGAGGUAUUGAAGUGCGAGACACAGCUGAAAUUCUCUAACUUACUAUUCGGUGCUGUUGAAUCCGGCUAA